AUGCUGGCGGAAGCCGAAAGGCUAUUUGCGCGUCGUGUGGCCAACAAGGCCCGCGCCAGAUCUGUAUAUUGUCCUUCUCAUCGGCUCUUCACCUCAAAAUAUACAAUUCGCCGACAUUUGCCACGUCUUUGGGAGCACUUCAUAGAAAUAAAAGUUGCCAAUAAUCAACAUAGUGGAUUAUUAAAGGUAGCAGCAAUGGUGAUUCCUUAUAUUAAGCAUGAUGAUCAUCCUCAAUUAAUGCUCAUCGAAAAAGGAGAAAAAGAAGACAAGUUCUUCGUGCGGAAGUUCAUUGCAUGA